UGCGUGCUGCACUUCUAAUGCAAAUUUAUAUAUUUUUGUAGACAUUUUUGACUGGAAUUAUUGAACAAGAUAUUUGAAUCCGAAUCUUCUAAUUUUCCUCAAGGACUGUGUACUCUACCAGCUACCUUACUGCUAGAUUUUAAGUGAUAAGCGAGCCUUCAGUUUAAGGCUUAGGAGGACGGUAAACAAGCGUAUAAUGGCGACUGAGAUUGAAGCCUGGACCACUGCCACCCAAAACGAUGGUGUGUUCUCACUUGAGAAAGAGCAGGAUGGGGUGGAUGGGACUUAUGGCUGUGAGGAUCUGAAUGAGUUGGAGGUGAAUGGGAACUGGACCCCUCAGGAAAAGGCCCUGCAUGAGGCCAGACUGAAAGCUAAGGCUAAACGGCGCCUGCGUAAAUCAUCCUCCCGGGAUUCCACUCGGGAAUCACUUUCUGAAUCGGUUUCUGGAGAGCUUUCUACCGAUCCACACAGCCCCAAGGGUAAGAACGCUGUAAAUGAUCGAAAGUCACGGACUGGAAAAGGUCGAGGACUGCCCAAAAAAGGUGGAGCAGGUGGUAAAGGUGUGUGGGGAGCAGCGGGUAUGGUAUAUGAGGUGGAGGAACCUGACGCAAAGGACCCCAACUAUGAUGAAUCUGCACAGGGAGACACAGUAUAUGCUACAGUAGUACCGGAGCUGGACGAGAGAGAACUCGAGAAGACCAUCAACCCCAUUGUGCAGGAGUACUUUGAGCAUGGAGACACCAAAGAGGUGGAGAUGCUUCUCAAAGAGCUGAACUUGGGCCAUCACAGAUAUGAGUUCUCCUCUCUGGCUGUUUCUCUGUCUCUGGAAGGCAAGGCCAGCCAAAGAGAGCUUACAUCACGUCUUCUCUCAGACUUAUCUGGAAAGGUGCUCUCUGAAAGGGACAUGUCACGUGCGUUUGACAAAAUACUUAAAGAACUGCCAGACCUCAUCCUGGAUACACCGGAGGCCCCACAGAUGCUUGGUCAAUUUAUUGCACGGGCCAUUGCUGACCACGCUUUACCCAUGAGUUUCCUUGACUGUUACAAAGGCAAGGUGGAUUGUGACCAUGCCAGAGCUGCACUGGACAGAGCAUCAGUUCUGCUCUCCAUGAAGAGGGAAAUCAUGCGGCUUGAUAAUGUGUGGGGAGUUGGUGGCGGCCAGAGGCCUGUCAAACAUCUCAUCAAAGAGAUGAACCUGCUGCUAAAGGAGUACCUGGUGUCAGGUGUGCUCUCUGAGGCUGAGCACUGUCUGCGAGAUCUAGAAGUGCCACACUUUCAUCAUGAACUGGUCUAUGAGGCUGUGAUUAUGGUACUAGAGUCUACAGGUGACACAGCCAUACAGAUGAUGGUCAAACUCCUCAAGGUGUUGUGGCAAACUGGCCUAAUCACUCUGGACCAGAUGAACAGGGGCUUCCAGCGUGUAUACGACGAGCUGCCAGAGAUUAACCUGGAUGUGCCUCAUGCACACUCCAUUAUGGAAACCUUUGUGGACCUUUGUUACCAGGAGUCAGUCAUCACUAAGCAGCUGAGGGAUUUCUGUCCAACCAGGGGGCGUAAGCGCUUUGUGAGUGAGGGCGACGGAGGGAUUGUGAAAAGCUAGAAGAAUCAGGAGAGUUCCGCAGGACCCUGAUGCUGAGCAGGCUGGGAUCUCCUGCACUUCCCUGGGAGUCUGUCCUCACUGUCUUCAUUGCUCAUCUUCCGAGUACACAGAAAUAUUCAGCCUCAGAAAUGAUAUCAUGUAGAAGAGUGACAACUGAGAAAUGCUGUUCUCUCCUCUAUUACAGGCUUUGUUUCAUUUGUUUGUGAAUUUAUGUGCGUUUUUAUGCAGCAUAAAUGCUGCAGUGAAAAAACGAAGUGAGGGGAAAUCAGCAGCUUCAGAUGGCCAUGAAAUACAGUUUGGGUUGAGGGAUUAAUUUUGCUUUAUCUUUUUUAGCUUAAGUUGUUUUUCUGUUUUUGUUCACAAGUGUUCACUUGUUAGUGUUCACAGUGAUCUCCCAAUUAUUGCAAUGUAAUGCAUAAAAUAUGAAGUACUUAGAAUAAGGUAUUAAAAGAAUUUGUGCUAUUCAACGGAAGUGCUAACUGUUGGGCCAAAAUACAAUAUUUUAUGAAGCGAUUGGGGUCACUUCUAAUUGUUUUCAUUUGAUUGCAUGUUUAUCUUCAAAUUUGUCUUAUUGCAUAAAGAAACCAUACGUUUACAGAUUCACAAGGAUCUGGGAUAUUUUUGGUUAGCUGCAUACAGACUUUUUUUUUUUUCUCAAUGCUUA